AUGGACAGAACUGAUGAGUACAUGAAGAUAGUUGGAUCCACACGCAUUCCGCAGCAAAGUAGGGUGGAGGUACAGUCGCCAUACUCAAAAGCAUUUGAGAUGGAUGCAGCAGCAAGGAAAAUGCUGAGCGAGCUAGAGAAUGCGCUUGGAAGGGGAAAGGUGUAUGAGUCGUUUACUUUACAGUCGAAAAUGGACAAAGUCCGAGGAUUUGUCAAGGAGAUGAGGAAUGCAUCAUGCAUUGACGAAAAGGCGAGGAACGACCAAGAAGAGGCGUCAUAUGGCAAUCUUGAUGCAAUGAUAAAGCACAGGGCAGCAAGGCAUCUCUUGAAGCUAUCUGAGCUUGCAAGAAAGAGAGAAAGCAGGCAUCAGGAGAUGGUGGAAAGAAGAAGAGACUUUGACUCUGAAUGCAUUAUGGAAUGCCAGGACGUGGUGUUUAUGGAGAACGAGGUCACCACGGAAAGAAUCAAAGAGCGGCAGAGUAUAUCGAUGCAAAUCAGCGAAAUUGGACAGAUAAUGGAGGAGAUAAGCAUGCAUGUGUCGCUACAGGAGGAGAGCUUCAAAAGAAUCGACGAGAUGAUGAGUACGUCAGAUACACUUAUUUCUGGAAGUCUUGAUCUACUGAGAAAAACAUGGGAAAAUGUAUCCAAAACACGAUCUUCAAUAUUCAAGUUUUUCUUGUUCUGGCUGGCAUUGCUUUGGAUUAUCUGGCUCGUAAAGAGAUAA